AAAAAACAAACACUAACACUAACACUAACUUCAGUUGAAGUAAUUAAUGGCGUUUUUGCACAGAAUCGGAAAGUCUACUUUGAAAACAGCGUCAUUCCAAUUUUACAGAUGUUACACCCACCUUCCUCAUGCUUCUACUCCCAAGCCUAAAACUCUCCCUACGGUUAUGCCAUAUUCACAUUCGCUUUUCCAUAGUACUAGACCCAUAAAUGUUUCUCAAACAGUUUCCAAUAACGUUAGCUUUUAUUCUGCUCUCGUUCAGGUAAAAAUUUACAAAGUUUUAGUAACUGGGACUUAUGAAUGAAUGAAUGAAUACUUUCAAAGUUGUUGCCUGUGCGCCAUAAUAUUGUUUUUUCUUUGUUUCGGCACACCUUAUAGCUCAUUGGACACAUCUACUAGAGUUAUAAGGACGUGGGGUGCUGCACCUUUUAGUUGUUUAUCCUCGUUUUGUAGCUUAGAUUUGGUAUCGUUAUUUAUGAAGCUUUUCGGAUUUUAUUUCAGUUUCAAUCGAUUCCCAGGAACGAGGAUCAUGACACAAAUUGGCUACCGUUCAAUCACCAAAUCAAAGAUCAAUAUGUCAAGUCCGUGGUGGAUGAUGGUAAACCUAUAACAGUGCAUUUUCGUUAAACUUGCUAUGUCAUCUGAGAUCAAGGUCAUGGAGAAGGUUCACCCUCAACAAUCGAUAUCGUUGUCUUCCACCGGUGAAGUUGCUGAAGACAGUCUCCGAAAUGAUGUGUACACUGCGGCUGCUUAUGGAGAUUUGGAGAAGCUGCGUAGAUUGGUGGAGCAAGAGGGUUGCCUCGUUACCGAGCCUGAUGGUUUGGGUUAUUACGUGAUUCAGUGGGCUGCACUCAACAACCAUACUGCUGUUGCUCAGUACAUCAUCGAUCAUGGUGGAGAUAUAAACGCAACAGAUCGUAAUGGCCAAACGGCAUUGCAUUGGAGUGCGGUUCGAGGUUGUAUUGAGGUUGCAGAGCUUUUACUCAAAGAGGGUGCUGAAUUGAAUUCUGCUGACAAGUAUGGGUAUCAGACAACACAUGUUGCAGCUCAAUAUGGUCAUACAGCUUUCCUUUACCAUCUUGUUUCAAAAUGGAACGCUGAGCCUGAUGUUCCUGAUAAUGAAGGAAGAAGCCCCUUGCAUUGGGCUGCUUACAAAGGUUUUGCUGAUUUUAUAUGUCUUCUGUUAUUUCUUGAUUCACAUCGAGGGCAUCAGGAUAAAGAAGGUUGGACUCCUCUCCAUAUGGCUGCUAUGAAAGGUAACUUGGAGGCUUGCAGGGUAUUAGUAAAGGCUGGAGGAAAAAAGGAAGAUAUGAUGGUGACCGACAAUACUGGCCUUACACCAUCGCAACUUGUUUCUCAUAAUCACGAACAAGUUGCUUUUUUCCUUGAAAACUCCCUAAGGAUGUUUGAAGUACGACUUGAGAGCCUUGGAGACUUCGUUGUUUUAUCAGGACUCAAGUGCAUAAUUUCUAUGCUAUUUUUCACCUAUAUUUAUUCGGUCGUGUUGGCAACAAAUAUGCCAACGCUAACAACUACAACCGGCCUUUUUGGUUGGUUUGGAGCGUUACUUGCUACUGUUGGAUUUGUGAUGUUUCAUAUGUGUAGCAAGAAGGAUCCAGGUUAUAUCAGAAUGAAUGGGCAUUAUGACAUUAAGAAAAUGCAAGAUUAUGAGCCCUUUUUGCUAGCUGGAAAUUGGUCCCAACUUUGUUCAACAUGCAAGAUUGUUAGGCCUCUUCGUGCGAAACAUUGUUCUACAUGUGAUCGUUGUGUUGAACAAUUUGACCAUCAUUGUCCUAUUGUAUCCAAUUGCAUUGGAAAAAAGAACAAACGAGAUUUCUUUGCUCUUCUUGUUUUAGAAACUUCAGCAAUGUUGGUUAUUGGUGUAGUUUGUCUGAAGAGACUAAUUCAUUUACCCCUUCCUUCUUCAUUUGGGAUUAAAUUUGUUGGUUCAAUAUCCUUUCUAAUUGCUGAUUAUAUCUUCUUCUGGCCUAUGUUGGGUUUAACAGUUGAGCAGGCGAGUAAUAUAUCGAGCAAUCUUACAACAAACGAAAUGAUAAAUCAUGAGCGGUAUAGCUACCUUAAAGGUCCAGAUGGAAGAUUCAGAAACCCAUAUGAUCAUGGUAUCAAGAAGAAUUGUUCUGAUUUUUUGAUCAAUGGGUACAAUGAAGAUUUAGAGUAUGUUGAAGAAACAAAUGGAGACUCUUGUUCUCAUAAACCCAUAUAGAUAUUCAGGUGUCUUCAAUUUUUUGAUAUGAAAAAAUUUCAUAGUUUUUGUAAUCUCAAAUAUUUUGCUUAGUGAUGAUUAUAUUAUUACUAGACCCGUGCU